GGGUGGGCAGGCAUGGUUGCCAUGGGAACCGCCGACCUAGGGACCCCGGGCUCCCCUUCGUCCCUCGGAUCGCAGCUCCCCAAGCGCUUCGCUGGCUCUGGUGUUUUGUAACUGCGACGGCAACCCUAAAAGGUCUGACUGUCCCAGCUUCUUCGCUAGACCUCUGCCACCAUGGGGGAAAGAAAAGGCGUCAACAAGUAUUACCCACCUGAUUUUGACCCAGCCAAGCAUGGGUCCCUUAAUAAGUACCGCAACAGCCAUCCUUUGCGAGAAAGAGCCCGUAAACUCUCCCAAGGCAUCCUUAUCAUCAGGUUUGAGAUGCCCUAUAACAUUUGGUGUGAUGGCUGCCAGAACCACAUUGGCAUGGGUGUUCGCUAUAAUGCUGAGAAGAAGAAAGUUGGCAAUUACUACACAACCCCCAUCUACAGGUUCCGGAUGAAGUGCCACUUGUGCCCCAACCACAUAGAGAUGCAGACGGACCCUGCCAGCUGCGACUAUGUCAUCGUCAGCGGUGCUCGGCGCAAGGAAGAGCGCUGGGACGUGGAAGCCAAUGAGCAGAUAGUGGCCACGGCCCACGAAGAGAAACAGAAGCUAGAGACGGAUGCCAUGUACCGGCUGGAGCACGGCUCCAAGGACCAGAGCAAACUUCAGCAAGCCCUUCCUACCCUACAAAACAUCCAGGAGGCCCAGAGUGCCUGGAAGGAUGACUUUGCUCUCAACAGCCUCCUUCGCCAGAAGUUUCGAGAAGAGAAGAAAGUCCUGCAAGAGGAGGAAAAGAAAGACCUGGCUUUGCAGUCCAAGGCAAGCCUUAGUAUUCCACUAGUGCGGGAAUCUGAGGAGGACCACCAUCUGGCAACACUGCUCAAGUACCAGAGCCUUGGCUCCUACGAAGACAAACAAAAACAGAAGCGCAGUGAGAUUGCUGAUCGCCCCUGGUUCUCACCUCCCCCCACCUCAAACACCAAAGCCAGUGACACCCUGAGAAAGCUGGGACUGUCUGGGAAAUCCCCAGCAGGCAAGUCACCUGUGAACAUGAACAACCUGGGUGUUGUGCGUCGGAAAUCCCGGGAUGGACACAGAGUUUCCACCGAAGAGGAAGUUCCUGUUUCCCUGGCACAGGAAAACAUGCAGGGCCAGGACAGUGGAGCAGAUAGUGCGCCCCUUGACAUGCUAGCAAUGACACAUCUGGGCUCCCCAAUAGCUGAAGGAAGCCCUCCGCGCAGUUUGGUUGCCUCACUAGUUGCGGAUUAUUCAGGCUCUUCAUCUGACGCUGAUGCUGAACUAUGAACAGCAGAGCCUGGUGGUUCUUGAGGGAAGGUGGCUGGAACUGGGACCUGCAUUUUCUGAAGCCACAACAAGCCUCACUGUUUCUAACUGCUGUGCUGGAUACCUGAACAGAAUACUUUGUCUGUGUGCAUGCAUGCUUGUGCUCUUGGAAGAUCCCUUCUGCUCCUCCUUUCUGGGCUAUUCAUGCCUCUACAUGCCUCUACAUUCAUGCCUCUACAUGCCUCUGAAGCAGGACCCCUUCCUUGCUUUAUCCAGCGCCAUGUAGAGACAGUCUUAGCCCUUUAGUCCUGCCCGUUGAGAAUCAGAGAGAAAAUGCAUACAGAGCGUAACCAAUACACAAAGCCACUAGUCUGAGUUUGCAGGAAAAACCAAAGCCAAGGAUUGUUGUAACCUGAGUUGCUUACUGUAAAAUGCUAGCUCAUCUCCAGUAAACCCAGACAUCAUUGUGGGGGACUGCACAGAUUAGUAUGGGCAGCUGAUGAAAGCCCCCAGUCUGUAUUUUGUCCACCAGGCCAUGAAACCUUUGUGAACGCUUGGCACACAUGAGGAAGCAAGCAGGCUCUUGAUACAGACACAGACAGUUGCCAUGCAUUUUUCAAGUUUUUGAAAAACAUCUUUGCUUGUUAAUAGCAUGUUCUGUCAAUCAGGAAGGGUUUUUUUCAUGGUAUUUGCAGUUUUGUAUUAGAUAAUCGGGAAAGGAAAGCUAAUACUUUGGGGCAGAUGGGAGGGGUAGCACUCUACAACUUUGACGAUUGCAGAGUCCCCCCCUCAUUUGCCACUUAGUGCGCUGCCUCUGACUGCAGGGAUGCAGUGAUUCCACUAAAGCUUUGGGCUUGGUGUUUACUGUGGGGUACAGCUUGCAUUUAAACAAAAGGCUUUGAUCCCUCCUGGCUGUGUGGGCAAAACGUGCUGGAGUCUCAGAAGCCCCUGGCAUGGUUAAGGCACAGGGCUUCAGUGCCUUCUCUAGUUCCUCCCCUUGCCCAUGAGCAGCUAAACUAUUUAUUUGCUAGAGUUUCUUCUUGCCUUUCUAGUGACAUGCUGACGGAUUGCCUUUGCACAAAGCAGUUUCAACUAUUCAGGACAAAAUUAGAGCACAUGUAAGAAGCAUUCUAUAGAUGAAGGUUUUUCUGGAUGCAAACUGAAGGAUUUGGCCACUCUUAAAGGUGGCAAGAGCAGAGGUGGGAAGUAGAGGGGUCGGCUUCUUAGCUUCUCCCUCUGUCUGCUGCAGCAGCAGCAGUGUAUUAUACAAUACUGUCGUCAUUGUAGAAUAAAUGCUGAUUUAUUUAUACAGGCCACAGAAUUUAUUAUUUAUUUAAGUUAUUUAUAAUUUGCCUUUCUCACCAAGAAUCAAGGAGUAUGUAUGAGUCAGUAGUUUCAAAGAUAUUUCAAUAAAUGUAAUAGGGUAUCAGUUUCUCUUGGUACAGAUUUGAAUUGCCUGGAUGCAGAACUGAAAUUCUUGUAGAAUGGAAUAUAUAUAGUUUGACCUGCAGUGUCUUUUAAGCACUAUUCCCAAUCACGUCAUAUUUAUGCAUGAGUAGGAUCUGUUGAAUUCCAUGGGAUUUACGGUCAAGUAACUAUACAGGACUGCAGCUUUUAGCAGAAAUCAAAUUAUUUCUAAGCAACAUGGUUACAUGUAGUAUCACAAACUCCAGUGAAGCUGAGAUUGUGUGCACACGUGACUUAUGGUCAUCUUCUCAUAUGCACCCUCCUCCUCCCUCCUCCUUUUCUCACAUGGAGAAUGACUGAGGAUUUUUCUCUUGCGUUCCUCAUGAAUUAUAAGGGUGGUGGAAGUGGGAAUUGAUUUACUUAUGACAUGCCAAUAUUCUCUAGUAAAUGAAUUCUUACUCACCUUGAGUGCCAUUCCUUUAUUGUGGGGAACCAGAGAUUGUUUCAAAGCAGGGAGAGGGAAGGCAUUUGAGCAUGACAACUAACCAUGUUUGUGCAUGAAUCUUGAUUUAUUUAGAGCUUGUUCAGAUGACUGAAUUGUCAUGUCUGCAUCCCAUUCAUCCAUGCCAUUCAUAUGUUCUCUGUUCCCUGUAUUGAUUUGAUCAUACUGUGUAAUUGUAUGCUCUCUUUUAUUGUUCAUGUACUGUGACCAUUAUAUAUUCAUGCCAUCUUGGGCUUGCCUAAAAACGAAAGUACUAAUGUUAAGACUCUUAUCUCUGCAGCUUGCUACUGACCUUGUACUAAAAUGUAACUCUCCGCAAGAGACAGAGGGAGUCGAAUUCCUUGUAAUCUGCUGGCUUCCUCUGGCCAGACAAAGUUAUUGUGUUUCUCAUGAGAAUGGGGACUUUCGCGUCUUUUUGCUAACUGCCCCAGGGGAGGGGGAAUCCUACUGUUUAUAUCAAAGUGCAUUUGUGUGUAUUCUCAUUCCUGCCAGUUCCUAUGCAUCUUUGAAGGACCUGUGAACUUAAUGGAGCUCUAUAAUAAAACCUUUUCAACCAAGA